AUGCACAAGUACCGGCUGGUGGCCAAGAAGGGGGAGGGCACGUUCAGCGAGGUCCUCAAGGCGCAGUGCGUGAAGAGCGGGCGCUAUGUGGCCAUCAAGUGCAUGAAGAACAAGUUUGACUCCCUCGACCAGGUGAACAACUUGCGGGAGAUCCAGGCACUCAGGCGACUGAGCCCCCACGCUCACGUGAUCAAGCUGCUGGAGGUGCUGUAUGACCAGCCCACCGGCAGGCUGGCGCUGGUGUUUGAGCUCAUGGUGGGUGGCUAG